CUCACGCUCAAGUGCAAGUGAAGAUUCCGACCGCCAACAUGGUCAAGACACUUCAUUUCAAUGAUGGCCUGGAAGUUCCAGUGCCUGGCUUUGGUGCCAUGGGGAUCAGCUUCGCACUCGGCAACAACCUCAGCUACGAAGAGGCCGAGCCAGUUCUCCUGAAGGCUUUGGAGCUGGGUUGCACAUUCUGGGACACUGCUGUUUCCUACCGAAACGGCAUGAACGAGAAGAUCCUUGGCGACUUCAUCCGAAAGCACAAUUGCCGUGACAAGCUGUUCAUUGCUUCGAAGUGCGGCGUUGCCGUUUUCGAAGACGGCAAAGUUACCAACAAAGCCGCUCACAUCAAGAGUUACAUUGACGGCACAAUUGAGCGACUUGGCUUCACGCCCGAUCUCUACUAUCUCCACCGCCUCGACGCCAAUACCCCCCUUGAGGAGUCCAUCCCAGCCUUGGACAGCCUUCGCACGGAGGGCAAGACAAAGUAUAUUGGACUUUCUGAAUGCUCGGCCGCGACCCUGAGAAAAGCGAAUUUCAUUGCGAAAAUCGAUGCUGUUCAAGCCGAGUAUUCUCCUUUCGAGACUAUUCACGAGGGAGACGGACUUAUCAACACAGCGCGUGAGCUGGACAUCGCCUUCAUCGCCUACGGUCCCCUUGGACAUGGUUGGCUGGUUGAGCACUUUCCUUACAACUCUCCCGAAGACUUCAACGAGGACGACUAUCGUCGCGAAAUACCCAAGUUUCAAGGCGAAAGUUUCUACGCCAACAAGAAGAUCAGCGAGGGCUUCAAGAAAAUUUCGAAGCAGAAGGGCUGCACAGUCGCUCAGGUUGCGCUGGCUUGGGUCGCAGCUCAAGGCAUCAUUUCCAUUCCGGGGACGACAAAGCCAUCGCGUCUGGAGGAGAACUGGGCCUCGCGAGACAUUGAGUUGACAGAAGAAGAACUGAAGCUGAUGCGUGCCACGAUCAACAAGCUGAAGCCGCAGGGUGACAGAUAUAAUGAGACGGCGGCGAAGGAUAUUGGCAAUUGAGGAUCUAGCGAUCCGUUAAAGGCAUCACAGACAAUCGACCCACCUGGAACAUGUCUGCAUGAAUACAUUUCACUUGUUCGGAACAACAUUCGAAAGCGCACCUGGCCGUCGCCUUUAGAAAGCUAGGGGAAAAUAUCAAAAGACUUGUGUAUGUGACCAACGUAAAAUGGAACGUGGACCAUUUUCCCGGACCGAUUUGGGACAACUGAUGGCAACAGUCAAAAUAGCACGUUAGGGUAAAGAAGGAC